GAACACUGGAGUAUUUUACUCGCGCAUGUCUUUUAAUAUUAUUAUUACUGAUGUGUACGUUGUUAAUGUGUUAGUUGUCGUGGACGUGGCUGUAGUGGAAGACGUGGAACUUCAUUUAGACUCUUUCCCCCUCUCCUAAAAAGAGAAACUGGAGACGGGUGCCCCAAAAGUUUCGCAGGACCGACCUUACUGUUCACAGUACGCUGUACUGUUCGACUUGGCACGUGUAAUUGGCCCCAAAAAUGGAUGCGGUUCAACACUCAGCAGCCUUUCAAGGUGCAGGCGAAGAGAUACCAGACCAGAACUUACAGAGUUUGUCUCUACAGGACAGUGAAGUCUAUGUUCCUCAGACUGUUUUCAACUAUGAUGACCUUUUUCCAGCCCUACCAGAGAAGGAAUUAAUUCAGAUGGCUCCUCAAGCUAGCAUGGGACAAUGGAAUAAACAGAUGAAAGUAAGAAGCUCUGUCAUAACCCAGGUAUUUCGAGUACCUUUAGAAGAACGAAGAUACCGAGAGAUCAGUACUCAUCGGUUUGGUGAACAAGGAGAACAAGCUAAAAUCUGUGCAGAAAUCAUGCAGAAGACUGGUGCUCAUAUUGAAGUCAGCUCAUCAAAGGAUCUAAGCCUUACAAUUUUAGUUACAGGAAAGGAAGAUGCUGUGUUAAAAGCUCGUCGAAUGGUGGUAAACGAACUACAGACCCAGGCUGCUGUUUGUAUAUCUAUCCCAAAAGAACAUCACCGAUUUAUUUUGGGGAAAAGUGCCAAAAAAUUGGCUGAUCUUGAAUUGAGCACAUCUACAAAGAUUUCUGUCCCGAGGCCUGAAGAUCACUCAGAUAUGAUUAGAAUUAGUGGAACAAAAGAAGGAAUUGAAAAGGCUGCACAUGAAAUCCAGGUUAUUUCUGAUGAACAAGCCAAGCUUGCCUUUCAAAGGUUAAACAUCCCCAAAAUUUAUCAUCCAUUUAUUUGUGGGCCAUACAAUCAGAAUAUUACUCAGUUGAUGAGCAAGACAGGAACUCGAAUCAAUGUUCCACCUCCUAGUGUCAUGAAGGAUGAAUUGACAAUAGCUGGUGAAAAAGAAGCAGUGGCUGCAGUAGAAGAUAUCAUCAAGAAAAUUUUCCAGGAAAAGCAUCAGAAAUGUCAAACUGUAUCUGUUGAAGUGAAGAAAGCUCAACACAAGUAUAUCAUUGGAACACGGGGUCAGAACAUUCAGGAAAUCUUAGCUCAGACAGGAGUCUCUGUUGAAGUGCCUUCCUCAGACAGCCCUUCUGAAACUAUUACUUUGAGAGGUGAACAGGAGAAACUAGGACCUGGAUUAUCGCUGCUUUAUGAAAAGGCUAAUAGUGUAGUGAUGGCUGAAGUGGAUGCACCUAGUUGGCUUCAUAAGUACAUCAUAGGGAGGAAGGGAGUCAACAUCAAAAAUAUAACACAAGACAUGACCAAGGUUCAUGUGGAGUUUAAUAAUGAUGCAGGUAAAAUCAAGUUGGAAGGACCACAAGAUGAACUUGAUAAAGUUCGUAUUGCUUUGGAGAAAAUGAUUGAGAACCUAAAGUUAACAUUUACAUAUGAGGAGAUUCAGGUUGAUCCUAAGUAUCACAGACAUAUCAUAGGAAAAAGUGGAGCCAAUGUAAAUCGACUGAAACAGGAAACUAAUGCUAUGAUUCACAUUCCAUCUGAUACUGAGCACAGCAACGUUAUCAGAAUUGAAGGAAAUCCUGCUGGUGUGGCACAGGUCAAACAGGAACUUCUGGAUAUGGUUCAUAAAAUGGAAAAUGAAACUACAAAGGAGUUGCUUAUUGAACAAAGAUUCCAUGGAAACAUUAUUGGUGCUAAAGGAGAAAGUAUUAAAGAUAUUCGUGACAGAUUUAAUCAGGUGAAUAUCAACUUUCCUGAACAAGGUAUUAAAAGUGACAAAGUGACCAUCAGAGGUCCUAAAGAAGAUGUUGAGAACUGCUACCGAUAUCUUUCUCAAUUGAACCGAGAGUUACUGACAAACAAUCAUCGUGUAGAAUUUCAGGUUUACAGACAGUUCUUUAAAUACAUAAUUGGCAAAGGAAGAUCUAUCAUUCGAAAAAUCCAGUCAGAAACUGAAACCAAAAUUGAAAUACCACCAGAUAACAGUGAAUCUGUGACUUUUGUAAUCACAGGUAAAAAGGAAAAUGCCUUAGCAGCAAAAGAACAAAUUCUUUCUCUCCAAAAUGAAUUGGGUAAUAUAGUAGAUGUCGACAUUAUCAUACCAGCAAGAUUUCAUAAUUCCAUCAUUGGAGCCAAGGGACAGCUUAUCCGCUCUAUCAUGGAUGAAUGUGGGAAAGUUUCGAUCAAGUUUCCACCAGAGGGCUCUGGAAGUGACAAAGUCACUCUCAGAGGUCCAAAGGAAGAUGUUGACAAAGCUAAAAAACAGCUAAUUGACCUAUCAAAUGAAAAGCAAUUAUCAAGUUACACAGUAGAACUGAAAGCUAAACCUGAACAUCACAAGUUCUUGAUUGGAAGAAAUGGAGCAAAUAUUAAGAAAGUACGAGAAAAAACAGGGGCUCGCAUUGUGUUUCCCACAGAUAAAGAUGAAGACAGAGAAUCAAUUAUAAUCAUUGGCCGCAAGGAAGCAGUGACAGAAGCAAGAAAGACACUUGAAGACAUGGUGAAAGAUCUGGAUAAAGUGGUGACAACUGAGAUGAAAGUUCCUCCAAAGUAUCAUCGACACUUUGUUCUUCGUCGAGGAGAAGUAUUACGUCAAAUUGCUGAAGACUUUGGUGGAGUUAAUGUCAGUUUUCCUCGUAGUGGCAGUGAAAGUGAUCAGGUUGUUUUAAAGGGAGCCAAAGAAUGUGUUGAAGGAGCCAAACAAAGGAUAAUGGAAAUUGUUUCUGAAUUGGAAGCAAUGGUGACAGUUGAGUGCAUUAUUCCACAAUUAUAUCACCGAACAGUGAUGGGUGCUAAAGGGCAUAAAAUACAAGCAAUUACCCAGGAGCAUAGUGUCCACAUUAAGUUCCCUGACCGUGAAGUGAGAGAGGAUGGACCUACUGAUUCCUAUCAUAAUGGUGAAGAGUCGGCUCUGAAUGGUGAUAUUGAUGAUGUCAACCCAAAUGGCAAACCUAAGAAGUCUGAUAUUAUCUAUAUAACUGGAAAGCAUGAGAAUUGUAUGGCAGCUAAAGAAGCUCUUUUGAAUCUAGUGCCUAUUACUGUGAAAGUGAAAAUACCAUAUGAUCUUCAUCGCUACAUCAUUGGUCAGAAAGGGAAGGAUGUCCGAGAAAUGAUGGACAGGUAUGAUGUAAGCAUUAAGGUGCCAGCUGCUAACUUGGAAAGUGAGAUUAUUGAAGUAAGUGGACCACCAGCAAAUGUAAAUGAGGCAAAGGAUGCUCUUCUGAAGAGAGUCGAAGAACUUGAAGAAGAAAAGCAAGAAAGGGUAUUACGUAGCUUUCAGUUGGCUGUUGAAGUUGAUCCAAAACACCACCGUCACAUCAUUGGCCAAAAGGGAACAGUUAUAACUAAAAUUCGACAAACCCAUAAAGUACAGAUUCAUCUCCCAGAAAGAGGGGAUCCACAACAGAACAUCAUUACCAUUAUUGGAUAUGAACAAAAUGCUGAGGCUGCUAAGGAAGAUAUUCUUAGAAUUGUUCAGAAGCAUGAGGAGAUGGUUACUGAGGAAAUAGAAAUAGACUUCCGUGUCCAUUCCCGACUUAUUGGAGUGAGAGGGCGCAACAGGAAAAAGAUUAUGGACCAGUACGAUGUAGAUAUUCAGUUUCCUCGCACCAAUGAAUCUGCCCCUAAUUUGGUGAUGAUCACAGGAUUGAAAGAGAAUGUGGAAGAUUGUAAGGAUCAUUUGCUAAACUUGGAAGAAGAAUAUCUUCAAGAUAUAUCAGAAAAUGAGUACAUUCAACAAUAUAUGGCACCAUCAACACGAUCUUCUGGGGAAGAAUCCGCUUGGAAUAAAGGAGAGUCAAGAGAAAUUAUUAUUAAGGGAGGCCCCUGGGAACAAUCCCAAAAUGCUCCUGACACCACAAGUACCCAAGAUUUCCCGUCCUUUGGAGCAGGAAAUGGUCCCCCUAAGCCUGUAGCCUGGGGUCCUAGACGAUGAAUGCUGGUGACACCUGAACCUGUGGGAUUACACAUUGGAAGUAUGACCAGCUUUCCAUUAAAUUUUAUUUUCAUUUUUAUAUUAACUGAAAUUCUAUUGAUUAAUGUUUUCCUAACUGCCUUUUACCUGAUCUUGGGUCAUUCUCUGUAAUUUUCAAUGGAUAAAAGCACCUUAUGGUUAACAUCAAAGAAAAUAUUCUUUUUGCAGGGUAUACAAUAAAACAUAAUUAAAUGGUAUUUAUCACUAAUCUUGAGUUUUUGCUUAAGAGACUGUUAGGCUUUGCUUGGUAAGAUGUGCUUACUUUUCUUAUCAAUUGUCUGCUCCAUGAAGCUAGUCUAGGGCAAGAAAGAUUUUUACUGAAUAGAAUUUGGGGUAAACUAUAAAAUUUAAAGUAGUUAUGAGCUUUCUUUCUUGUUAUAAAUAAAGUUUUAAUCCUUCUUGUUCGCUGUUUUGGAGAACUAAAUUUUUGUACCUUUUUUUUUAUUAUUACAUUCUGAUAAAGUUUUAUCUGAAUUAGGAUUUUAAUUAUUUUUUUGAGGGGGGGGGAUUGUCCUAGUAUGUAAAUGUAUGUAUGAGGUUGUACAAUCAUGAUGAAAUAAGUUUCCUUCAUUCGUUUUUGCAUAAACAAAAUUAGUAAAUGAAAUCAUCGGGGUAUUAACUACACCUAAUCCUUUUAUGAUUUAUCUGUCUUUUGUUUCAUGGUAACAUAUCUUAAAUUAGCACUGUGGAAUUUACCAUGGAACUGUUCAUGGUCAUUUAAAGUAAUGUUGAAACACGUUGUUUUCACAUUUAAUUAAUAUAAUUGAAAAUUAGUCUUAUAGACAUACAGAAAUUUCAUACUUAAAUGUAGGUUGCCACUGAACACUUUUGUUACACCUCUUGUUUGAAACAUAUUAUAGUCAGAGUUGAGACCAUAUGAAAAACUUCCUCUUAGUAUCCCCCUUUUAAAACUUAAUACAUUUUUACCUUAUUUCUUGAUUAAGUUUCAGAGCAUGAAUGACUCCUUGUUUCACUCCCAGUAACAUGUACAAUAGCGAUAUAUAUAAAUAUAUAUAUAUAAACGUCUCUAAUGCUUACCUAAAAUUUAGGAUAGAGACUUUUGUGAAAUAGUUAGAAGAAAAAAAAGUACUGUAUUUCUUAACUUGUGUGACAGAAUGAUUACCAGAAUAUAAGCAGUCUUCAUCAUUUAUUUGAAGAUCAAACUUGGGUGACUGGUUUGUUUUUUAGAUCUAUGCAUUAUCUGUAACUAUAUGUCUGAUCUAAUCCAAUACCCAGAAAGGCUUAAGCCGUUUCUGUUGGAAAGAAAGUUUUGUAUAUUCAUCUUAACUGAUACUAUGAUCUGCCAGAAUAAAAUUUCUAUAGUAAA